AUGGUAAUCGACAGCCGGAAUUUCUUCAGAAGUCACUGCGCUGUCUGGAAGAUACAUGGUCUUACCCAUGACCAGGUGACCUGGAAGAAAGUAUACAUUGCCUUUAAUGUAGUGUAACAUCUGUUAAUAACCAUUGGCUAUCCACUGCACUUGGGCAUAUCAGUUUUUCGCAAUGGCAACCUCACAGACGAUAUCAAAAGCGUUACGUUUAUAGCCACAUACGUUGCCUGCUCCCUGAAGUUUGUCAUAUACGCCUACAAUUUUAACAAGCUCCGGAGAAUGACGGAACUGCUAGUGCUAUUGGACUCGCGGGUGAAAAGUCCGUCAGAGAUGGAUAUCUACAACCAGUUGAAAACUGAGAUUCGAAUAAUUCAUUAUGUGUUUAUAGGCUUGUGUGUUAUAUGUGCAACAUCGGCUGAGUUGGCUUUUAUCCUGCAGGAUGGCUGCGAACUCAUGUACCCCGCCUGGUUUCCAUUCGAUUGGCGAAGUUCCUCGCGCAACUUUUACUUAGCCAACUUGUAUCAGAUUUUUGGCUCAUGCUUUCAAAUAACGCAAAACUAUGCAAACGAUUGCUUUCCCAUCAUUAUGUUGUGCAUUAUCUCAGCCCACAUAAAGAUGCUCUACUGUCGCCUCGAGCAAAUUGGAGUCCAUGAAUCAGAGGAGGUUGAUUUGGAAUUUGAACUGGAGGCUUGCAUAAAAGAUCACAAAAUCUUGCUAGACCUAUUUAAAACCAUGGAGUCCUUCAUGUCAUUGCCAAUUCUCAUUCAAAUUGCUGUCAGCGCCUUGAAUUUCUGCGUCAGCAUUGCUGGUGUGCUCUUCUUUGUAACUGAGCCUAUGUCCCGCACAUAUUUAGUAUUCUACGCAAUUGCAAUGCCACUACAGAUCUUUCCCACCUCUCGGAAACAGAAAACUGCCAUGGCAGGUGGAAUGCUUCGCAUCCGUGUGGAUACCUUUUUUUCUACCCUCAAAUUUGCCUACUCCCUAUUUACAAUCAUACUUCAAAUGCGAAAGUGA